AUGUCCUCCUUAACCACCACCGCCCUCCCCCUCCUGCCUCCCGAAAUCCAAGCAGCCAUCUUCGACCUCCUCCUCCAUCUCGGCGACAAACACACCCUCGCCACCAUCGCCCGUACCUCCCACUACCACCUCUCUCUCGUCCUUCCCCGCCUGUACGAAUCCAUAGAGCUCUCGGCAACCACUGCCGCGCUGCUGUUUGGCGAUACCGGCGAUGUGGCCCGUAUCGCGAAAGCGAAAGGAUUGGACGCGAUGCGCAGGAAGCAAGCAUUACUGUCGCGCGUCCAUCGCGUCACAUUCCUCGAUCUGGCCGCUCUAGACCUCUGCAUGGCUAUGCAGCCGGCCUACGAGCUCGCGCGGAUGUUUUCCGUCACUCGCUAUCCCCCCCGCCCAGGCGAAACCCCCCUCAGCCAGUAUCUCUUCCCAAACAUCACCCUCGAAAACCCAUCCUCCGCCCUCAUAUUCUCUCCACCAUUCUUCGAAGCUCUCCAGCGUCGCCCAGGGCCGUAUCUCGUAAGAGGCACCCCCGCCCACCCUCUCUUCCACCUUGCUCCUUCUUCUGGCGGCCACCCGCACCUCACAUUCAAUCUCCCGCCUGAGCCGAAACCGAUCUUGAACGCAUUCAUAUGCGACAUGCUGUGCGCGUACAAGAGCCGGGCAACGACAAUAGUGGGCGUGGAGAGGGAUAUGAGCUGGGAUUUAGGGCAUUCUGAGGUGGGGGUCUUUGAGCUGGGGAUGAAGGAGAUCGUUGGAAAGAGCAAAGAGGAGAAUGAAGACGAUACCGUGCAUUCCAUCUGCGAACAUAUCCACCUCCACCCCCGACUUCAGGGCGUACUACUCCUUCCCUCGCCUUCCAUCCCCCUUUCGACCGAACACGAUACUUGCGCAAGGGUCGAGGAGGCGGUGAAGAAGAAGGCGGCAGUCGGUGAACGGUUCUUUGUGCGCCCGAGUAGGGAAGGUGGGAUCGUUGACGCCUCUGCUUCAGGACGACUUUCGCCUCUUAUUCCAUCCGCCUCGAGCUCAACGAAAGAUUCCGAUACCGAGGACGUCAUUCGCUGA